AUGCAAAACUCAGAACAUCGUCUCAUUAUUGUUUAUGCUGUUUCUGCUCUCAGCCUACUUGUGUUCUUCAUCUGUCUUCGUCUUCGCUCCUGGCUGUCACGAUUGGGAUCCAUUGUGCGAAUUCCUAUCCUCAGAUAUCUCGUUUAUCCGACUUUGUGUGCCCAAUGGAGUUUGGCGGAUGUCUUGGCUUCAAUAGCUUACCUGGCGUUGAACAUCCUCUGUCUCUGGUUUCAGUGUCCUUCACUCUCCGACGCUGGACGACGUGCGGCUGAUUUGGCUCUCAUCAACAUGGUUUUUCAAUAUGUAGCAUGGCACCUUGACUCACUGACUAAUUUGCUUGGUCUUGGAUGGCGUUCGAUUUGUCGUUUGCACGGCUUGGUGGGCAUCAUGACUUUGUUGCUACUUAUCUUCCAUUCGAUAGUUGCUCAGUUGUCUUCCAAGCCGUUCCCAUUAGACGUAUCGGAUAACAGAGGGGCGGUUCUGAAAUGGCAGGCGGCGUCAGCUAUCGGAGUUCUUGUCCUUCUUUCUAUCCCAGCUUUCAAAGAUAACUUCUAUGAAGUUUUCAUGCGUCUCCAUCAAGGCCUGGCAAUAUUAUCUAUCUACGGGAUAUGGGAGCACCUGGCUUUGCAACCGCCGUUGGCGCGCCUGUGUCUCUACGUAUUGAUUGGCGCAUCCGCUCUAUCCCUGCUAUUUCUAUCAUGUCUAGUCGUUCAUCGUAACGGACUUUUAGGUUAUGGCUUCCCUCGGACAUCAAUCAACAACUCCGGCGACGUCAUUAUCCUUACACUGUCGCUGUCACGUCCAGUCCUCAUUGACGCUGGACAGUCAAUAAGUCUUUGGGUACUUACUCCAUCGGCGAGACUUCGAUCCCUCUGGCAAACCCACCCUUUUGUAGUCGUAUCGUGGUCUGACUCGCCUCUCGACACACUUGAUUUGUUGGUCGAGCCUCGCUUGGGGCUAACUCAAAAAUUUCUCCAGUUUAGUAAAUCGCAGAAGGCUCAGAAGACUUGCCUUGCCCUCUUUAGUGGUCCACAUGGCACAAGUAUUCCAGUCACCGACUAUGAUGUUGUCCUCAUGGUUGCUAGUGGCUACGGGAUCGCAGCGCAGCUACCAUACUUGAAGAAGCUUAUUUACGAAUUCAACAGCCGCAAAGCUCGUACUCGCCGCAUUCACCUGGUGUGGAAACUGGGCACUAUUGAACUGGCGGUUGCUGUCAAGGACUUGCUGGAUGGUGCCCUCAUGGAAGACACUUUGGAUGACGGAUACAUCUUGAAAAUAUCUAUAUAUAUCGAGCACAUAUCUCAAAGUCAUGAUAUAAGUCCUCGGGCUACGAUUGUGAAGGGCACUCCAGAUUUCGAUGCUAUCCUUCGCACGGAAGUGGAAGGCAAGUACAUCCGGAGAGUCCAGGAAAAAGAGAAGAGGAGGGAGGACAUGCUAGUCUUGGGCAAGUUAGCCCUCCAACUUACUCAUGCUAGUUCUAAUUCGCAUAGUGUCGGCGUCGGUUGA